CAUAACUGUCCUUGACCUCCAAAAUUCUCACUAUAUAUACAAAAAGAACAAAACGUUUGGUCAUUGAUUCCACAGACGAAAUCAUAAACUAACCAAAAAUGAACACCUUCCUUGCCGUCUUUGCUUUGGCUCUUGCCUGCGUCUAUGCUCAACAGCAACAACCAACACCUGAACAACAGGCCCAACAAGAACUCAUCCUCAAAUACAGGGACACUUGCAUCCAAGAGACCGGAGUAAAUCCUGAGCUCAUCGUCAAAGCCGACAAUGGAGAGUUCACCGACAACGACGAAAAACUCCAAUGCUUCACCAAGUGUUUCUACCAAAAGGCCGGCUUCAUCAACGAGAAAGGUGACAUCUUGCUCGACGUGAUUGAAGCCAAAAUUCCAGAGGGCGCCGACAAACAAAAGGCUCUGGCCGUAAUUGAGUUGUGCAAGAAACAUGUAGGAUCCAACCCCUGUGAAAAUGCCUAUUUGGUACACAAGUGCUACUUCUUGGAGACCAGGAAAGCCGCCGCUGCUGCUGGACAACAAUAAUUUUGUUCAGUUAUGAAUGUUUAAAUUUUUAGUUAAUUUAUUUAUAACAAUUUAUGUGCUCCUUAUUAAAUAAAAUAAUGAAAAAUA